GACCACAUGGCUUCCCUGGUGAAUUUUGCCAAAUAUUUGAAGAAUUACUACCAAUCCUUUUCAAACUCAUCCAAAAAACUGGACAGGAGGGAACACUUCCAAACUAAUAUUACAAGGCUAGCAUUACCCCGAUACCAAAGCCAGACACAGACACUCCAAGAAAAGAAAAUUACAGCCAAUAUCUUUGAUAGACAUAGAUGCAAAAAUCCUCGACAAAGUAUUAGCAAACCAAUUUUAACAAUAAAUUUAAAUUAUCAUACCCCAUGCUCAAGUCAGAUUUACUCCUGGGAUGCAAGGAUGGUUCAACAUACACAAAUCAACCAAUGUGAUACACCACACUAACAGAAUGAAGGAAAAAUCAUAUGAUCAUCUCAAUAGAGGCAGAAAAGGAUUUGACAAAAUUCAACAUCCUUUCAUGAUAAAAACUCUAAACAAAUUAGGUGUAGAAGGAAUGUACCUCGACACAAUAAAGGCAUAUGAAAAAGAAAAGGCCACAGCAAACAUCUUACUCAACAGUGAAGAACUAAAAGCUGUCCCUCUAAUAGCAGGAAGAACGCAAGAAUGUCCACUCUUACCACUUCUAUUCAACAUAGCACUGGAAGACGGAGGAAUUAGGCAAGAAAAAGAAAUAAAAUGCAUCCAAAUCAGAAAGGAAAAAGUAAAAUUACCUCUGUUUGCAGAUGACAUGAUCAUACAUGUAGAAAAUCCUAAAGAUUCAACAACAACAGCAAUAAAAACUGUUAGAGGGGCUUCCCUGGUGGUGCAGUGGUUGAGAAUCUGCCUGCCAAUGCAGGGGACAUGGGUUCGAGCCCUGGUCUGGGAAGAUCCCACAUGCCAUGGAGCAAAUGGGCCCAUGAACCACAGCUACUGAGCCUGCGCGUCUGGAGCCUGUGCUCCGCAACAAGAGGCCGCGAUAGUGAGAGGCCCGCGCACCGCGAUGAAGAGUGGCCCCCGCUUGCCACAACUAGAGAAAGCCCUUGUACAGAAAUGAAGACCCAAAACACCCAAAAAUAAAUAAAUAAAUAAAUAAACAAACAAAUAAAUAAAUGAAAACAAAAAAACUGUUAGAACUCAUAAGUGAGUUUAGUAAAGGUGCAGGAUAUAAAAUCAGCAUAUAGAAGUCAUUAUACAAAAGGAAUGACCUACCCAAAAAAGGAAAUUAAGAAAACAACCCCAUUCUUAAUCUCAUUACAAAGAAUAAAAUACUUAGGAAUAAAUUUAGCCAAAGGGGUGAAAGAUCUCUACAUUGAAAAGUAUAAAAAAUGGAUGAGGAAAAUUAAAGAUGACACUGACAAUAUGGAAAGACAUCCCAUGUUCAUGAACUGGAGGAUUUACUAUCAUUAAAAUAUCCAUACUACCCAAAGUGAUCCACAGAUUCAAUGCAAUCCCUAUUAAAAUCCCAAUGGGGGACUUCCCUCGUGGUGCAGUGGUUAAGAAUCCGCCUGCCAAUGCAGGGGACACGGGUUUGAGCCCUGGUCUGGGAAGAUCCCACAUGCAAUGGAGCAACUAAUUCCACACGCCACAACUCCUAAAGCCCACGCACCUAGAGAUCGUGCUCUGCAAUGAGAGAAGCAACUGCAAUCAGAAGCCCGUGCACCACAACAGAGUAGCCCCCACUCACCUCAACCAGAGAAAGCCCAUGCUCAGCAACAAAGACCCAACGUAGCCAAAAAUAAAUAAAUAAAUAAAAUAAAUUUAUUUUUAAAAAUGGGCAAAGGACUUGAAUAGACAUUUCUCCAAAGGAGGCAUAUAAAUGGCCAACAGAUGUAUGAAAAGGUGCUCAACAUCACUAACUAUCAGAGAAAUGCAAGUCAAACCACAAGGAGAUAUCACCUCACACCUGUUACAAUGGCGAUUAUCAAAAAGACAAAAGAUAACAAGUGUUGAUGAGGAUGUGGAGAAAAGGGAACCCUCGUGCAUUUUUGUUGGGUAUGUAAAUUGAUACAGCCACUAAGGAAAACAGUAUUGAAGUUCCUCAAAACAUUAAAAAUACAACUACCUUAUGACUCAGCAAUCCCACUUCUGGGUAUACAGCAAAAGGAAAUGAAAUUGGUAUCGUGAAGAGACAUACGCACUUCCAUGUUUACUUUUCACAGUAGCCAAGAUAUUGGAUCAACUGAAGUGUCUGUAGAUUCAUGAAUGGAUAAACAGAGUGUGGUAUAUAAACAGGCAUAUCUCCUUUUAUUGUGCUUUGCAGAUACUACGUUGUCUACAGAUUGAAGGUUUGUGGCAAUCCUGCAUUGAGUAAGUCCAUUGGUGCCAUUUUCCCAAUUAGCAUUACUUUCAAAUUAAGCAUUCCAGUGCUGGGAACGGAUGUGACCAUGAACGCCGGUGCCUCCUUGUCUACUUUCACGGCAGUGCCCUUCCCUCCACCCAUUCCUGGCGCCCAGCACCGGCCACCCUGGCAGCAGCACCGGCCACGUCCCAUCACCCCAGCAUUCCCUCCUGGCAGCAGCCUGCUGCUGCCAGCUUUCCCCAGGACGCCUAUGGUGGCUAAUGGUGGCCGUGGCCCCAGUGCCCCUGGGGCUUGCAACCUCACUGUCCAAGUCAGGUCACAAGGGAGGACAGUGGAGGCCCCCCAGACUCAGACCUUUGUCGUUACUCAGGCCCCCCUCAACUGGAGCGCUCCAGGGGCCCUCAGCAGGAGUGCUGCAUGUCCUGCACCCGUAUUCAUAGCAACCCCUGUGAUGGGGACCGUUGUGACUGCUUCAGCUGUUGGAGUUAGUCAGGCUGGCAAGGGAGGCUGGACCCCAGGCUUUCCUCCUCAAGCUCCACCACCAGCUGCCCAGCCGGCCCCUAUCAUUCGCCCAGUGAACCCUGGGCCAUGGCCACAUGGCACUUCCAGGGAGGGCCGCCUGGCCACCAACCAGUCCAACGCCUCGCAGGAUGGCUCCUCUAACACCAAGAGCGAGUACAGUAACUUCCUACGUUGGCAGCACGUCAAGCCCCUGGCCCGGAGACACUUUUGCCUGAGUCCUGAUGCAGAAGCUUUUUCCUGCUUUCUCGUCCCAGUGCUUCGAUCCCUGGCCCACCUGAAUCCCACCAUGCCGCUGGAGGAGGGACUGCGGAGGGCCGUGCAGGAAUGGCGGCGCAGGAGCAACCUUGACCGGAUGAUCUACUACGAGACGGCGCAAAAGUUCAUGGAAUUUGCGGCCGAGGAGGAGAUGCACAUUCAGAAUUUGCAGUGGAUGCAGGACCUGCCUCCUCCAGCCCCACCGAAGCUGGAUCCUCGGGGGCCCCCAGCCCCGAAAGUGGGCCUUCAGCCAGGCACCCAGGUUCCCACUGGAGCUGAAGGCACAGCCUGUGCUCCCAGGAUGUCCGGCCGCAGGGCCCAGCCCUCGCACCCGAAGCCACACAGAUCCCAGGGGAACCCGGAGCCCAAGGCGCCCAAGGAGAUUCCCCCCGAGGCUGUGAGGGAGGAUGUGGACAGGAUGGAGGCGCUGGUGGGGCCCGUCCACUCAGCCCCAGGCAAGUCACAUGAAGAAUGUGGAAAGGACGGAAAUGAGCUGAAGCAGGAAGAGGACGACACCUACUUGGACCCGUGUCUCUUGAGCUACACUGACGAGCUGCGUUCCCGGGAACACUCUGUCACCAAGGUGGAGGCAGUCAUUCAUCCUCGAGUCCCGGCAGAAUUGUCUUCCCCAGACCCACAGCUGGAUCUCUCGGCCCUUGCUGAGGAGCUGAAGCAGGAGGAAGGACUCACCCCUGAAGAACUGGUGCAGAAACGAGUCCUGGCCUUGAAAGAGGACGAGGGUGGGCUGGCAGCCCCGAGCCACAGUGCACCCGGAAUGGGCUCAAGUCCUUCUGAGUCCCACGCUGGCCAAGGUGCCCAGAGGCACGACCAAGACCGCCAUCGAGGGGUCAGUGAUGAAGCCUGCCCACCAGAGAUUGAUUUUGAGGCUCUUCAUAGGCCCAACCGAGCAGACACUGGCCCGUUCGGGCCCAAAGUCUUUGUUCCCUCUCGAGGACGUCAGGAGGUCUCUCCAUCCCGGGCCGGGCGGCCCUCCUCUCCCCAGGGUCAAAGGCGCACUGGCCCUCGACUGGGACCCAGGGAUGCGUCUGUUAUCAGAGAGGCGUCUCCUGUUCGGGAGGCCCGAGGGCCCAGGGACGCGGCCAGUGAGGACGAGGAGGCGUUCCCCAGCCUGGCCUCCCUCUUGGCCUCUCUGCCCAGCCUGCCGCCUUGCCAGCUGUCCCAGAGUCCUGCCCCUGCUUCAGGCCUGGCCUCCCCUGGAGGUUGGGGGGCCCAGAGUGCUCCCCAGGCCCCCUCCCCUCAGAGAAGGGGCCUCAGCCCAGCUCCACCAGCCGCUCCCAAGUCGAGGAAGCGGGCUCUGGGUGGGCGCCCAGCCGCUGCUGAGAAGCUGCCCAUCCCCGGGGCUGCCCACGGGGUCUCUGCGAGGCCAGCCUUGGCUCUGGGGCUGGCUCGCCCCUCACAGCCGGGAAAGAGAAAGCGUGACCCGUUUGUCAUAGGGAAGAGGAGGAACAGGAAGAGGAAGCGCUGCAGCCAGUAGGGAACAGCCGGGCCGGCCCUCCAGGGCGAGCCCCCCAGGGCGGCCCCCAGGGGAGCCUAGGGGCUCCUCCUCACCCCAGAGCUGAUCCUGGGAUUGUGGGGGGUUAGGGAGGUGGGGGAGGUGGGUGUGGGCAGGACCUUUGGAGUGAUGUAUGAAAAUUGUGAAUAAAGAUAGUUUUGGUGGGAAAUGCUCUCAGGCCACUGUUAUCUUGUUCGUGUGGAGCUGCUCCACAGAGAGCGAUCCUGAGAGGAAGGAAGGGUGAGGGAGGUCACAGGAGCUAUGGAUCUACAGGUGGCCAAACCUUUCCUCCACAUAGACAAGGACUCCUCAGGCUGCCCCUGGGAACGCACAGCUCUCACUUUCCCCAGGGACCCCCUCAUCAUCCCCUUCUCUAAAGCCUGCUUGGCUAGGGGCCUUCUGGGGCAUCUGUAGCAUCUUCUGCAUCCCUGAACCGUCUGGGGAGGGAGAGCUGCUUUUGUGCCUCUCAGCCCUCUGGACACUAACCAGUUUCUAGGACGGAGCCUGGAGACAGCCCUUGUCUUUAUGGAGCUUCUCUCUGCUUCCCUGAAGUGGCCAGGCGAUGGCGCUGGGGUGACCCUCCGCUCAUCCAGGGUUUCCUGUGUGGGUGGCCUGACCAGAGAGGAAAAGUCUUGGCCAUGGGGACAGGACUGUCUGCCUGGUCGUAGCGGGAGCGUUCUCUAGUCCCACUGGGAUUACUGCAAUGUGGAGCGUGGUUGAGGCAGCUACCUCUUAAUCCCAAUGAGGAUGCAAUAAGGGGAAUGGGCAGAGGGAAAUUCAUGGGGCACCUGUUACAGGUGUGUAUAAGGGUAGUGACAGUGGCGCCCCUUUGUGGGACUUGUGGGAUUUCUGUGCAGCAGCAUCUCUUUCAACUGAGGGAGGAGGACCCAUCUGGCUGUGGCUGUGGGGACUGGCCUUAGGGGCCUAGGGGUGUGCAAAGACACCCCAGAACUACUGUCCCUUCCCUUUCCACCCAUGGCUGGUCAUGUGUGUGUAUUGGUAUCAACACUGAUUUGUAUUGCCAUAGAAAACAGUUCCUCCUGACAAACUAUGACCGUGUUUCCCAAGAACAGCUUGC